CAUAUUGCUGCCAUGUUGGAUGUACGCAUCGCUGCAGCAGCUGCUGGAGUUUUCGGAUGAAAGUUGAGCAUUUUGCCAUCCAAAGCCACUAAACGGGUCCUUGCUUUUCUACAUUUCCACAAAACGAAGGAGUCUGGGUUCCUUCUUAAGCAGGACCACGCCUGGGAAACCUCCUCCCCGUGCUCCUGCGCCCUCCAGCCCGGAGUCGGACUCAGCGGAGAUGAUCCGGUUGCAGGCCACAGCAACCGGAGCCCGCAUGGAUUUUCUGUAAUUGGUAGAGUUCGGUGAGCCCGUCCCGGGGGGUGGGGGGGCUGGGGGACGACGACGACGUCGUUUCGGGAUUUAACUGCAAGAAUUCGGAGCCAUGAACAGCCACCCGCCGCCCCGCAGGGUCGCUAGCGUCGGCUCCAUCCUCCUGACCCCGCAGGAGAACGAGUGCCUGUUCGGCUACCUGGGCAGGAAAUGCGCCUCUCUGUGUUCGGCGGUGGUCCAGGUGUACGGGGCCGAGCGCAGCGCUAGCUGGGCGAAGAGAUGCUGUGGAGUGGCUUGUCUGGUCAAGGACAACCCUCAGAGAUCCUACUUCAUCAGAGUGUUUGACAUCAAAGAAGGGAAAACCAUGUUUGAACAGGAACUGUACCACAACUUCUCCAUCAGCAGCUCCAGAUCCUACUUCAUCUCGUUUGUGGGAGACACCUGUCAGAUCGGUCUGAAUUUCGCAAGCGAAGAAGAGGCCAAAAGAUUCCGAGUUGCCAUCAACGACUUGCUGAACCGACGGCAACGCAAAACUGAGAAAAGAGGUGACCCUAAGAAUGGUCCAGCUCUGCACAUGGCCACAGUGGACAUCAAGAACCCGGAGAUCAACAACAUGAGAUUCCACAACUCCCACAGCCACCAGCAGCCGUACCACCUCAACAACAUGCUGAGCCACAGCGGCCUGACCCGCAAAGACAAGAAGACCAAAGGCAAGAAGAAGAGGCUGACCAAGGCCGACAUCGGCACGCCCAGCAACUUCCAGCACAUCGGUCACGUGGGCUGGGAUCCAAACACAGGUUUUGAUCUGAACAACCUGGACCCUGAACUGAAGAACCUGUUCGACAUGUGCGGAAUCUCCGAGGCUCAGCUAAAGGACCGUGAGACGUCUAAGGUCAUCUACGACUUCAUCGAGAAGAAGGGAGGGGUGGAGGCUGUCAAGAACGAACUGAGGAGGCAGGCACCCCCUCCACCCCCUUCCCGUGGGGGCCCCCCCCCUCCUCCUCCUCCACCCCACCACAACUCAGCUCCACCCCCUCCUCCCCCCCCAUCCAGAGGGGGCCGUGGAGCCCCUCCUCCCCCUCCUCCCUCCAGAGCACCCGCCUCAGCUCCUCCUCCCCCACCUCCCUCCAGACCAGGAACUCUGGGUGCCCCGCCUCCCCCACCUCCUCCCACUAGAGGAGGUCCCCAGCCCCCUCCUCCCCCACACCAUCACCACCACCAGCCUCCACCACCACCUCCUCCAUCAUCCUCGCACUCUUCUAUCUCACCACCAGCCCCACCACCUCCGCCUCCCCCACUAGCCCAGCAGGCUCCAGUCGGCAGUGGUGGCGUAACUGUCACUGGUCCGCCACCCCCACCUCCUCCUCCACCACCGCCCGGCCCUCCUCCCCCUCCAGAGCUGGACAGCGUCAGUGGGGGCAGAGUCUCGCUUCAUUCGCCUACCCCAAGCGGGAAGUCGGCGCUGUUGGACCAGAUCAGAGGAGGGGCCCCACUGAAGAAGGUGGAGCAGAACAACCGAGCGCCAGUGUCCAACACCGGACGAGACGCCUUGCUGGACCAGAUCCGACAGGGAAUCCAGCUCAAGACUGUGCCCGAUCAUCCGGAGUCCAGCCCUCCAACGUCGGCCCCCACUGCAGGCAUAGUUGGCGCUCUCAUGGAAGUGAUGCAGAAGAGGAGCAAAGCCAUCCAUUCCUCAGACGAAGACGAGGAUGAUGACGAAGAAGAGGACUUUGAGGAUGACGACGAGUGGGACGACUAGUGAUGAAUAUCCUGUCCUGUACCCCAGUCCCCCCACCCCCAUCCUAUCGCUGACACUAAAAUAUCUCGUAGAAAUCUUCCAGGAUCUGACUAAAAUUGUAAUGUAAAUGUUGUAUGAAUUUGCUGUAUAUUUAUUUUUGCCUAUUUGCUUCUUUUUUUUCAUGAUAAUCUGUGCAAUACCUCAUCCGUUAAACCUUCAUCACCGACCCUCGUCGUUAUAGACCCCCUACUUCCCCCGGGACAUCAGUCAUUAGAAAGCACUUAAAUCUGUUAUCAGCACAAUGUGGAGAUGCAGCCGGCUACAUUUCAUUAUCAAUAAUCAAUAAUAUAAAACACUAGCUGCUUCACUUAGUGGAAUCUGAGUCCUCGAAUGAUCCUUGGGAAAUAUUUUUACAUGUUCAUUUCUUCUUGUUUUCAUUCCUUGUCUGAGAAACUUAAAAGGGAGACGUAUGUGCGACCAAACAGGCAGGAUCCUCUUUGUGUUGGAUAGCGGUCGGCUUCAAUGCGAGAUAACACUAUUUUCUUACUGUGCUUCUUUUCGUACCUUCCAGUUUCCUAAUAAAUUGUAGUUGUAGUCUAGCUUUGUUAUUUUUUCAUGAAGACAUUUGUUGACCAAAACAUGGCGGCUCGGCUGCCUCGCGUGGAUAUUAAACUUUUAAAUUUUUUUUAUGUAAUUAAAAAACGUUUAUUUGCACACA